AUAACAGAAACAUUCUCUCAUGUCAACUGCGCAGUUACUCUGAAUUGAAGCCAAAGUUUUGCGAAGCGCGGCAGGAAUCGUCGUAGGACUCUAAUCGUCUGAUCGGCAGCUAUGGAAUACUCCAAAGACGAUCUCUACAUCACACUGGAUGACUACGCGAUGCAGGACGAUGAGCGCGAUCUAGAUUUCAGCCCUGGACAGAAACGAUCUCGACGAGGGGUUCGAAAGAGCAGCAGCGGAUCAACGAUGCCUCUCUCGACAUCGCUCCCGUCUACGUCUGGAAUUCACAUGCCGAAAGGAUCUGAGAUGAAGGUUCGUCUUGAAAGAAGUCGGCAAAGUGCGCGAGAAUGCCGUGCUCGUAAAAAGCUUCGGUAUCAAUACCUUGAGGAAAAAGUCAAAGAACGAGAAAAGGCUGUUAUGACCUUGAGAGAGGAGUUUGCGAAGUAUUUGGAAAUGUAUCGACUACUCGAGAAAGGGAUGUAUCCGCCCGAGAUCGACAUGCUCCUCAACGAGCAGACCGAAAUUUCCAAGGCUUAGACUGGAAUCGUCCGAACGAGCGAUAUCUCAUUCGCUACUAGCCGCUUCCCCUCCCGCUAAUCUGAACUUCAGUCUUCGGAAUAUGUAGGAGCUCGUUAUCGGUUGCUCCCAUCUCGAUAGGGGAAUUCCAUCCUGCGAGCCAUCACCUUGGAUCUAAGCUGGAGAGUUUUGUACAUAUCUUCUGUUGUGAAAUAAAGAGAGUCUCAGUCGACCACGCCAAA